GGACCCUCUCGUAUAGGAGGACAGUUGGCUGUCCUCAUAAAAAUAAACCCUAUAAAACCUUUUCUCAGCAUGUUUUAAUACCCAAAAAGUGGUUUUCUCAAAAGUCCUUAUGUACCAAAAACCUGACAUAUUUUGUAUAUUUGUGUGUCCGCCACUGCCCCCUAUCGGUGGUCGUGGUCCCUGCAUGCUGCGACACACAAGCGCGGGAAAUUAUACACAACGCGGGAAAUUAUACACAACGCGCGAAAUUAGACGCUAAAUCAACACUGCGCAUGCUCAUACUGAUUGGCUGGAUAGAAGACAGCUGCUACACCUGUGAUCACCAGAUUCAUUUGCUGGGAGUUCUUCUGGAAAUGCACGUUGUGGAGAGAAGUAACUUCUGUCAUGCCACGGAGAACUACUCCUCUUCAGGAUGCCACUAAUCACAUCCUUGCAGGAAGAGACAAGAAUUCAAUGUUAGAGAUCAAAUAUAUUAAUCCAGUUAAAGGUCGUGGUAUCUUCACUUUAGCUGUUUUCAAUCAAGGAGACUUUGUGGUGGAGUAUAGAGGGGAGCUCAUUGAUGCAGCUGAAGCUGAACAUAGACGUAAACUGUACCACAAUGCAUGUUCGAUCUUCAUGUUUGACUUCACAUGGAAGCGGAAGACAUGGUGUAUUGAUGGAGCACUUGAAGAUGGGUCAUUUGGACGACUGGUAAACGAUGAGCACAAGGCACCAAAUUGCAGAAUGAAGUUGAUCGAAGCAGAUGGGAAGCCACAUCUCUGCCUUUUUGCACUGAAGGAAAUUAUGGCUGGAACUGAAAUCACUUAUGACUAUGGUGGGAAAGAAUGGCCCUGGCGUAAAGAGACACAACUCAGUGGUGGAAGUUUCCCUUCUGGCCAACACUCCGUUGCAGAGCUUAGUGACCACGCCCAUGACUUGGAACCCAAUGUUUUCUCUACAGACUUAUUCAGAGACACCGAAUUGAGAGCAGAGUGUCAGUCAUCCACUCCCACACCAGACAACCCUGCGCAUGAGGUGCACUGUGUCAGAGGUCAGUGUGGCACUUCUUCUGCGAAAGAGGGGAUUGGAGAAGUUGGUGUCCAGCACCAGGAGGUGUUAUCCCCUGUGUUCUCAGCAGAGCUUGCCAGUGAGACUGAAUCAAGAUCAGGGUGUCAAUCAUCCAGAGCCGCGCCAAAUGACUCUGCUUGUGAGGUGCACUGUGUCAGAGGUCAGUGUGGCACUUCUUCUGCGAAAGAGGGGAUUGGAGAAGUUGGUGUCCAGCACCAGGAGGUGUUAUCCCCUGUGUUCUCAGCAGAGCUUGCCAGUGAGACCGAAUCAAGAUCAGGGUGUCAAUCAUCCAGAGCUAUGCCAAAUGACACUGCUUGUGAGCGAAAUAGUGGAAGCUUCCCUUCUGGCCAACACUCCGUUGCAGAGCUUAGUGACCACGCCCAUGACUUGGAACCCAAUGUUUUCUCUACAGACUUAUUCAGAGACACCGAAUUGAGAGCAGAGUGUCAGUCAUCCACUCCCACACCAGACAACCUUGCGCAUGAGGUGCACUGUGUCAGAGGUCAGUGUGGCACUUCUUCUGCGAAAGAGGGGAUUGGAGAAGUUGGUGUCCAGCACCAGGAGGUGUUAUCCCCUGUGUUCUCAGCAGAGCUUGCCAGUGAGACUGAAUCAAGAUCAGGGUGUCAAUCAUCCAGAGCCACACCAAAUGACUCUGCUUGUGAGGUGCACUGUGUCAGAGGUCAGUGUGGCACUUCUCCAAUCCCCUCUUUCACAGAAGAAGUUGGUGUCCAGCACCAGGAGGUGUUAUCCCCUGUGUUCUCAGCAGAGCUUGCCAGUGAGACCGAAUCAAGAUCAGGGUGUCAAUCAUCCAGAGCUGUGCCAAAUGACUCUGCUUGUGAGAUGAUAGAAGUUAAGCAGGGUAAAUCUAAAUUUGGCUUUGGACACAGGUUCCGAAACUAGAUGUGUUUCUGUUUUUUUUAAAUGUCAGAUGAAGGUUUACUUCAUUAUUUAGAGGAAUUGUUGUCUUUGCCAUCAUCACAAGAGAAGCAUAUCUUUCUCUUUUGUGUGUGUGAUGAGUGACACCCCAACAGUUAGCUAAACUUAAGUCACAGGAAUUGAAUAUAUAUGCUUCUAUAUUAUAAAAGUAACUUCUUUACCCCUUCUCAUCUCUCCUGAUGGAUUUGAAGAAAAGUACAUGGAUUUGUGUG